AUGCCGUCUCAGAGUAUUGUCGUCAUUCCCAAAAACUUUUUAGAGAAUGUACUUCAACUGGAGUCGCCGGAGCCAACUGAGCCACUUUAUGACUUGAGCAAGCUUCCUGACCCCCCUGAAGAUUGGCGGUUCUUGGGAAGGACACAGAAAGAUGUCUAUUGGGCCCUUAAAGUGCCCAUCAUAGAGGCAUUGAUGUCGCAUCAUCUCUGGGGCUUCAAAUGCUACAAAUAUGCAGGUAAACCUACUAAGAAGGAGAAGAUACUGGUCUUAUUCAAAUACUUCUACUACAUGCAAGAAGAGCAUCUCCCUCGGAGUUGGGAUGAGGUACUUGUCUUGACCCGGGACGCUGGUCCUCGACUAUUGAAAUGGAGCCUCGAUCCUACUCCGGCUCCCGUGAGUAAACUUUACCCGGAGUUGCCCCCGAAGUCGUCCAAAAGGCUGGCCGGGAGUCAGACAUGGGACCAACCCCCAGACGCGCCAGCCGAUAUGGCAAGGACUUAUCUUGCGCAAUUCCGAUUCUCUGCCAAUGAGCGUACGGACCUACCUGGGAACCCAAUUGCUCAAACGAGCUCAAUCAACAAAGAUGAUGGGAAAAGUCCUGCAACAUCUUCAAGUCAUCCACCCAAAUCAAAGAAACGAAAAGUUGGACGACCACCAACAUCCUCUCCCCCCAACGGUAGCUCCCCUUCAUCCAACUUACCCGGGUGGGGAUCAGGACAACAUCUUCCCUCUCAAGAUCCUUCCUCUGGGAAUGGCCCUUUUCAAGCUGGUAUACCUGGUCCUGGUGGCAACCUCCCAUGUGUUCUUCCAGCGGCAUUCGACCCGGGUCCUAUCAGGGAAGCAAUUGAGAGAGCCAUCAUGAAAUAUACAUACCGCGAUCUCGAACGUCACCCCUCUGCACCAUACAAAGGGCCGAUUCCACACAGAUUAGCUGAGAGGCUUGAUGAUCUGGCAAUUGUUCAGUCUGGAGCAUUCCCGUCUAUUGACAGGGUCAAACUCAACUUGAACCUUGAAUUUGAUGAAAACGGCUAUGCAUUCCCGUAUCGUGGCAGGGGGCCAGUUUGCACUGGUAGAUCUUGUGUCAUAGAUUGCACUAUAGUGUUAGGAAACUUGCUCGACGCCGGAUGCACCGUCGCAGACAGAGAUCGCACAGAUGGCGAACAUUUCACGGAUCUUGAAGAGGCCUUCGUCGAAGCAACAAAUAUGAACUGGGAUGCCUUGAGUGAGGAAACGUCAAAAGAACUUCGCGAUUCCUUCUUCCGGGUACUGUGUACCCACGUCCCUAGCAUCAAAAUGGGCAAAGGUUGUCCCGUGUGGACGCCGUGGUCAGAAUGUACGAAGAAUUUCGCACAGUUCCAAUUCCAUUUUACCACUAAUAUCCAUGAAUGCCAUUGCCAGAACAGCAGGGUUGAAGAAUAUUCACUGACCGGGCGAGUAUUGAACCCUCUUCAAUUACCCGGGGAUCGCGACGGGGUGACUGUGGAUCAGCUAUGGCAACGUUGUUUCCCACUACACAGUCCGUAUUAUUGCGUACAUUGUGGUUCUGGGCCCGAAAACGAUGGUCCGUCGCUUUCCAAAAGAAUUGAUCAGCUUCCACUCCGUCUAGUGGUUCAACCGGAACAGGGCUCCAAAGUCAUUCAGCACACUCGAGAUCAAAUCUUCGACUACGUGGAUUCGCAGGGAAACCUGCAACAAGUAGUCUACCGCUGGCUUGGUGGUAUCUAUCACCGAGAGGAGCAUACGCGUGUCUACUGGGGAGAGAGUAAGCGCUUUGAAACCCCCACCAAGAGUUUUACCAUGUACGACAGCUCGCUGGCGUCGGGAACGAUCAUCAGCUUGCCGACGCCGGUUGAUGAAGAUGAAAUUGUUCCCAUCGAGUGGGUGCAUGAUCCGGAUAACACCCCGAUCUGGGUCUACGAGCGUGUAUUGGACCCUGAAAUAUCCACCUUGGUGACAGCGGUCAGCACUGCAAAUCAAAUGGGCCAAAUGGUAGAACAAAACAUUUGGUUUAAAUAUGCACACACGCCGUGGAACCCACUGCCUGGACCUCCUCCGUUCAAGGAGGGCGAGCGGCAGUUGCCCUCGUUCGGUGAUCAUUUCCUCGACUCGAAGCGUCCCGACCCAUUCGACACACUUCCAGAUCACCUUUACGACGUUAAAAUCCCCGACUGGAUGUCUCUUGUUAACAUUGAUCCAUCUCGAGAUCUUAUGGCGAAAUACGGUCCCACGGAAGUGCAAACUACCUCGCCGAUUCCGGACGACGUGCUCAACCCUGAUCCGCCGUCAGAGCCUGAAGACGGGUUCGAGUUCAACACUGUACGCGGUGGUCCGCAGAGUUUCGCUGGACAAACGGAGCUGUGGCCUGCGGGCACUAAAGACGUCACUGGCGCUUUGGAUUUUCCCGACCUCUCAUCAAGGCUGAAUUCUAAGAGGGGGUGGGACCGUACACGAUCUGGCUCGGGCUCGGGCUCGGGCUCGGGCUCCAGUCGACCUUCCAGCGGCGGUUCUUCCGGCAGCAAUCGUCCUUUCACCAUCGGGGAAUACCUCUUCAAAUCUAAGGGGGGUAGGAGCAAGUCUAGAAGUAGGUCGAAGGAAAAGAAAAGUACCAAGGGAAAGAAAAGUAUCCAGGAAGAAGAUGUGGCCAUGGGAGAAGCUCCACCCUUGACUCAGGAAGAGGAGGAUAUCUUCGCGACAUUCACUACUUUAAACAGUAGCCACCGCGCAGUGUCUACCAUCCAACCUGUCACAAUUUGUCAGAAAAAGCGGAAGCGGCCCAUGCGAAUGCAGGUUCUCAUCGAAAAUGCUAAAAAGACAACGAAGAUGACAAAAUGGGAGGAAGGGACUGGGGAGGAUGCCAGGAACAAGAAGAAACGGACCAAGACGGACAAACGGGGAACUUCAAAGCCAAAGAAAGUCAGAUUUGAGGAGUGA